AUGGCCAUAGCCAGUCAACUCCCCCGUCACCACGAUAUUACAAUCAUCGCCCGCAAUCUUCCCGGCGACGAGCCGCAUUCCCAAGAAUGGGCCAGUCCCUGGGCAGGCGCUGUCUGGACCGGCAUGGAUGGCUCGACUCCCCGUGAACAACAAUUCCAGCUGAAUGCUUUAGCCGUUUGGUGGAAACUCGCGCUGUCUGAUCCUGCAUCAAGCGUUCGGCGCAUCGAAAUGAAUGAAUACCGCGACACCAAGACACUGGAUCAGAUUUGGUUUGCGGGCAAGGUGCCCGAGUUCCAAGUCAUUCCAGAUGAGGAGAGACUCCCUGGCACGACAGUCGGAUUCAGAUAUCGGACCAUUGUUCUCACGCCUAUGGUCUUUCUUCCUUGGCUGCGAUCGAAACUCGAGGCGACGGGUGUGAAAUUCCAGCGUGCGACAGUCCGUUCGCUGGCGGACUUGAAAGAAAUGGGUCACGAUAUCUUGAUAAAUGCGGCGGGUAUUGGGCCCUUGAGGUUGAAGGAUGUCAAAGAUACUAAAGUCCAGGAGGUUCGCGGUCAGACGAUCCUGGUGAAGUCGAAGUUCGAUAAGCUGUUCGUGCGCAAUGGGAAUAAUUACACGUAUGCGUUUGCGCGAGGAGAUGGAACCACCGUCCUCGGAGGAAUCAAACAGUUUGGAAGCGCCGAGACGCAAGUGGAUGCGAAUAUUAGAGCUGAUAUUAUCCGACGAGUCCACGAAAGCUUGCCCGACGACUUUCCGUCCCCGGACCCGAAAGAUUACACCAUCGUUCGAGACAUUGUAGGUAUUCGACCUCAGCGCGAGGGAGGAGUUAGGGUGGAACAGGAAACCCUCGAUGGGCAGAAGGUCGUGCAUGCGUACGGCGUUGCAGGAGGUGGUUAUGUCUUCAGUUUUGGGGUGGGCAAAGAGGUUGCUCGGCUGGUGGACGAGUAUGAGUCGCCUAUGGCCAGACUGUAGACGAGAUUUGCAUACUAUGUAUCAGAAAGAUUAAAUGAAAGACAAGAUAUCAUCGACGAAGCAGGAGAAAUUAGGGCAAAAA